CCCAAUACCGACGUCCUGUCACGCACACAUCAGCGCCGUUCUGGCUGAUACGAGCAAACAGCAUGGAGGUGAACACAACUGAACAGCCACUUCUUUCAGUUGAUGGCACCGAGACGCUCUCCUGUUGCGACUAUCAUCCUGAAGGCGACGCAACAGCUGAAGCGCACUCGCAUUGCCUGCGAGCCAAAGCUGCGGUGAAUCGCGCAUCGUCCUCGACGAGUCUGCAGGUUCCAGACGCUCAUUUGCACAAGCUCCCCAUCAUAAAAACGGAAACAUCACACUGGAGACAUCCAGAAAAAAAGACACGGGUGGUGAGGUCGUCCAGCACUGGAAACCGACACUCGUCGUCUGAACGUAACUCGCGGCGAUCUCUGGACCCCUUCUCCGCGUCUCAGCUCCAUCAAACAAAGCUUAUGAGAUAUGAGAGUAAAAACGACGAUCUGGUCACCAUUAAGCCCAGUCAUUACCGGCGCCUAGUUGUUCUCGGCGCACCCAGAGUGGGUAAAACGGCAGUCAUCCGGCGUUUCUUGGGUGAUGGAUUCGAGGACCUUUACGAGCCAACGACAGAAGACUUUCAUAGCAAACUGUACCACAUCCGAGGAGAGAGAUAUCAGCUAGAUAUCCUGGACGCGUCCAAAGAAAGAGACUUUCCUGCCAAACGAAGACUUUCUAUUCUGACAGGUGACAUAUUCCUCCUCGUGUUCAGCGUGACCGACAGAGAGUCUUUCGAUGAGGUGUGCUCGUUACGUGAGGAGGUUUUCGCUGCCAAAUCCAAGCUGAAGAAAUCCAAAGAAAACAGACAGCUGCCUAUUAUAAUAUGCGGCAAUAAAUCUGAUUUCAAUUCCUUGAGAGCUGUGCACCAGUCCGAUGUCCGCCAGUGUCUCGGGGAGGACAGUGUCCUCUUUGAGGUGUCCGCUAAAGACUGCACGAAACUGGAGGAGAUGUUCGAGGCUCUGGUGGUGCUGGGGGGGCUCCCAACAGAAACCAGACCCUCUCUCCACCGAGACAUCUCCAUUCACACGUAUGAAGCGCUGAGCAAUAGAAAGAGAAACAAAAGAGCCAUUGGGCCGCUGGCCAUAAGUGAGCCGUGUGGGGCUGUGCACCCGCUCGCCCGCAGACCGAGUUUUAAUAGUGAUCUGCGGCGCGUGAUGGGGCCCACCACCCCGAAACGAAGUACGCCUAUUGAGAGGUGUCAAAUACAGUAAGAGUAACACUAGUGACUCUGUUUCAAACCCAUGAAUAAUAUUUAUUCAAGUAUGUAAGAAUUAUCAUAUUCUAUAAGUUCUUGGCUGGACCAAAGGACAGACUCUAUGACAAUGUAUUUGUGAAAUGUCUUUAAAAGUAUUCUAAUGUAAGCGAGUUAAGCGUGGUUCCUUGAUGUUGAGUGCAUUACCUCAAAUAUGUUUCCACGUACAUUUGAAUUCUAAUACAGACAUCAAAGACGCAGUGACACGCCAUGUUUUUCAUAAUACUGAG